AUGGCUUCAUGCAUAGCCUGCGAUGACACAUAUAUAGUUUUCAUAUACAUUUUCUUACAUAGCAGCUUUGUACCAAUUAGGAUACUACAAGCGAUGACGACGAUGAUUGAUUUAGAGGAAAAGUUUGGACAGUUUUUGUCCUGGAGGAUGCAGAACAGGAAGUUGGUGGCUUUCUGGGAUGAUGAAGUGUUGGGUGACGAUGUCAUUGAGUUGACCGCCGGUAUGCCCAACGAGCAGUUUUUCCCCAUCAAGGCCAUGGACAUGACCAUUGUCAACAAGCCAUUUGAGUCAGCCGAUGACACCUCUAAGCACCUGCACUGUAAGAUGUCCACUUACGAGCCCAAGAGUUUGCCCAUCGCUAGAAGUUUCCAGUACAACGAGGUGCCAGGUUUGCCCCAGAUCAGAAACUUUGCCAAGUACUUGGUCAACAAGAUCAACAAGCCAGCUUACUCUGCUGAUCAGUGGGAUGUGCUGUUGUCCUCGGGCUCGUGUGACUCCAUGUUCAAGUUCUUUGAGUGUUUCUGUGAUGAGAAAUCCACAGUGCUUAUGGAAGAGUUCACAUUCACACCGGUGAUCUCUCACGUCAAGGCCACUGGUGCUGAAUGUAUCCCAUUGAAGAUGAACUUGACCAAGGAUCCAAGCACUCAAGGUAUCGAUGUCGACUACCUGACUCAAUUGCUAGACAACUGGUCCUCAGGCCCUUACAAACACUUGAACAAGCCAAGAAUUCUUUACACCAUAUGCACUGGGCAAAACCCAACUGGUGUCACCAUCCCAAUGGAGAACCGUAGGAAGAUUUACGAGUUGGCUCAUAAGCAUAACUUCUUGAUCUUGGAGGAUGACCCAUACGGAUAUUUGUCAUUUCCAUCUUAUAAACCGGAGGACCCAUUGAAGAACGAUUAUCUAGAAGACGGCUUCACAGUGGAAAAGUACACUAACGAAUUCCUAGUGGACUCGUUCUUGACCAUCGAUACGGACGCUCGUGUUAUUCGUAUGGAGACCUUCUCAAAAGUAUUUGCACCUGGCCUAAGACUGGGGUUCAUCGUGGCUAACAAGUAUAUCAUCAGCAACUUGCUUGAAUACGCCGAGAUCACCACUAGGGCACCAAGUGGUGUCUCUCAGGCCGUGCUGUACAACACUUUGGAGACCAUGGCGCUAUACCAAGAUGGCGAUGACAAGGAAGACCCAGAGAAAAAGCAAGAGGCGCUGUUCCAAGGUUGGAUGCAUUGGAUCAUGAAGGUGGCUGCUGAGUACACCCACAGAAGAAACAUAACAUUGAAGGCACUAUAUGAGACCGAUGCCUACAAGAACGGCCUGUUCACAGUGAUCGAGCCAUCUGCUGGUAUGUUUGUCGGAGUCAAGAUCAAAUGGGACAAAGCGCCCGGUGAGAUCGGUAACAUCCCCGAGCAAAUGAAGAAACUCGACAGAUUCCUUGUGCAAAAUGGUAUCAAGACAGUGCUGGGAUACAGAAUGGGUGUGUCUUCCGAGUUGUCCCACGACAACUCCGACUUCUUAAGAGUCACAAUUGCUUACGCCAAGGAUGACCAGCAGCUAGUAGAGGCCUCUCAUAGAAUCGGCUCCGGUAUCGAGCAAUUCUUCAAAGAGCUAAAAUAA